GAAGUCCUCGUAGUCGUGGCCCAUUUAAACCCCCGUCUCGCCCAAACCCUCAAACCCCCACUUUGUGUUUUCACAAAAACCCUCUCGUCUCUAUUAACAAAAUCCCCAAUUUCUCUCUUUCAGCCUCUGCUACUUCAUUUAGUAGUAUCAUCAGGCUGCGAUGGCGUUCUUGAGUAAAUUCGGCAAUAUACUUAGGCAGACCGCAACCAGGCAGAUCAGAUCUGAAUUGGCUCCUUCCAAGCCGUCGAUUUUUCAGGCCAUAAGAUGCAUGUCAACUGGGCCAAGUUCUAAACUAUUUAUUGGAGGUGUGUCAUUUCAGAGUGAUGAGCAAAGUUUGAGGGAAGAAUUUGCCAAAUAUGGUGAAGUUGUUGAUGUAAGAAUCAUCACAGACCGUGACACUGGUAGAUCGAGAGGCUUUGGAUUCGUUACUUACACAUCUAGCGAGGAGGCAUCAAGUGCCAUCCAGGCCUUGGAUGGUCAGGAGCUUCAUGGCCGCCGCGUCAGGGUGAAUUAUGCUACUGACAGGCCUCGGACUAACUUUGGAGGAGGUGGUUAUGGUGGUGAUGGUGGUUACUCGAGAGGUGGUGGAGGAUAUGGUGGUGGUGGUGGAGGUGGGGGUUAUGGAGGUGGCAGCUAUGGUUCUGGGAACUCUGGUGGUGGAUACGGUGGAAGUGGAGUUGGCUACAACAGCGGUGGUACUUUUGAUAAUGCUAGCACUGGUGGUUUUGGUGGUACUGACAACAGCUUUUCUGCUGGUGGAGCUCAAUUUGGAGAGGACAAAAGUGGCUUCGAUGAGCCAUUAGAAGGAAACAAUAGGGAUGAUGAUGACACUGCAGACUUCGAAAAAAGGGCCUAAAUUUCAAGAGAAAUUAGUUCUUUUGUUUGCAGUGCUAAAGUAGAUUGUUUUUUGUCACAACUUCUAGUGCCUCCCUCCCAGUCUUCCUCUGAACCUUUCAUUUCAAUUGUGUUAAAUUUGGCUUUGAACUUAAUGCACCGUUUGUUGUGCUUUAUCAAACCUGAAUUCUGGAAAUAAUUGUAAUUCAAGGUUUCCUUA